UUGUUGUCAAGGAAACUGUAAGAAAGCCGACUGGGGUAGAAUUCUUGCAACAAUCGCUGUUCUUUCACUUUGUUAAUUCAUAUUCACUGUUGACCAGAGGUCCCAAGCACAGCUAAUUGGUCAUUAUAAAAGCUGAGAUAUGUGGUAUUCAUUGUUGCAACAAAAGCAAGACCCAUAGCCAUGUCUUCUCCUCCUCUACCACCCACUGCUACAAUCUUUUGCCCCAACUCCACUUCACUAACCUCCAUCACUUCUUUCACUCUCUUCUUUCCCAAGAAAUCCCAAAAGUCUUCCUUAAUUACAAAACCUAAGCAAGGCUUUGUAUGCAAGGCAACAAACAACAAUGACCAAAAUCAAGAUGCUAUGGGAAAAUUGGACAGGAGAAAUAUGCUCAUCGGUUUGGGUGCUGGCGGGCUAUACGGCACGGUGGGUCUUGAAACCAAUCCGUUUGCAUUUGCCGCACCUGUGCCACCGCCGGACUUAGCCACGUGCGGUCCGGCGGACAAGCCUGAUGGUUCAACUAUCGAUUGCUGCCCGCCAAAAACCACCACAAUCAUUGACUUCAAGCUACCCGACCCGGGUCCAUUGCGCACCAGGCUCGCUUGUCAGGAUGUCGCAAAAGACCCCGUGUACUUGGCAAAAUAUAAAAAGGCCGUCGAGCUCAUGCGGGCCCUUCCCGAAGACGACCCACGAAGCCUGGCCCAGCAGGCCAUGGUCCACUGUUCGUAUUGCGACGGUGGGUAUCCAAUGGCCGGGUUUUCCGACCUCGAAAUCCAAGUCCACUUCUGUUGGCUCUUCUUCCCUUUCCACCGUUGGUAUCUCUACUUCUACGAGAAGAUCAUGGGCAAGCUCAUCGACGACCCCACUUUCGCUCUUCCAUUCUGGAACUGGGACGCUCCGGCCGGUAUGUACAUGCCGUCUAUUUUUACCGACACCACCUCCUCUCUGUACGACCAAUACCGAAACGCCGCGCAUCAACCCCCGAAGCUUCUAGACCUCAAUUAUGGUGGCACCGAUGAUGACACCGAUGACAAGACUAGAAUCAAGGAGAACCUCACCACCAUGUACCAGCAAAUGGUCUCUAAGGCCACUUCUCACCGCCUCUUCUUUGGUGAGCCCUACAGUGCCGGCGACGACCCGAACCCCGGCGCCGGAAACAUCGAGAGUAUUCCACAUAACAACAUCCAUCUCUGGUCGGGAGAUCCUACUCAGACUAAUGGGGAGGACAUGGGAGCUUUCUACUCAGCCGGGAGGGAUCCUCUGUUUUACUCUCACCAUGCCAACGUAGACCGCAUGUGGUCUAUCUACAAAGCGCGAGGUGGGACUGAUAUCACCAAAACUGAUUGGCUUAACACCGAGUUUUUGUUCUACGACGAGAACAAGAAUCUGGUCAGAGUCAAAGUCCGUGACUCGCUGGACGAGUCGAAACUCGGGUACAAGUACCAGGACGUGGAGAUCCCGUGGCUGAAGUCGAAGCCUACGGCAAGGAAGUCGAAGAAUAAAAGGAAGGCAACGGUUUCCUCCGCGGAUUUGACUACGAAGUUUCCGGCGACGUUGAGUGAAACUAUUAGUGUUGAGGUGGCGCGGCCUUCGGUGGCGAAGAGGACAACGGCGGAGAAGGCAAAGGAGGAGGAGGUGUUGGUGAUCAGUGGUAUCGAGUUCCCUGGAAGCAAGAUGUUGAAGUUUGAUGUGUAUGUGAAUGAUGAUGCGGAUGUGCUGAGCGGGAAGGACAAGGCGGAGUUUGCCGGGAGUUUUGUGCACGUGCCGCAUAGGGCGAAGAAGAAUAUCAAGACGAACUUGAGGUUGGGGUUAACGAAUUUGCUGGCGGAUUUGGGGGCGGAGGAGGAUAGUAGUGUGGUGGUGACGUUGGUGCCGAAGUUUGGGAAAGGGCCAAUCACCAUUGGUGGGCUGAAGAUCGAGCUUAUUACUACCACCUGAUCAUGUUUAAUCGUUGAUCGUGCGUGCAUAGGUUGUACUCUUGACUCUUGAGUACUACUACGUGUUUUCUACCAUGUGAUGAAUGUUUUUUGUUUCUUGUGGUGCAACUUGUAAUUGACCCGUAACACCGCUGCUCCUUUUUCCACCAUAAAACAUAAAGUUUAUCGUUGA